GUCGGCCCCGAGCUGCUCCCGCCGGCCCACAGGGACCGGCCCGUCCUGGCGCAUGGGCAGGCUUCCACGCGAAGGCCCGAGGACGAGGACCCGCUCUUCGCGAAGGACUGUGGAGUAGCACCGCUUAGGGGUGCAUUGGAAGGGUCUCGGAUCAUAGGAGGCACACAAGCUGCUGUUGGCGCGUGGCCGUGGCUAGUUAGCCUGCAGAUUCAAGAUGGCGAUUUACUUGUGCAUGUAUGUGGUGGUGCCUUAGUGAGAGACAGGUGGGUCCUCACGGCUGCCCACUGCACUAAAGAGUCUAGUGAUCCUCUCAAGUGGAGAGCAGUGAUCGGAAUCAAUGACCUCUCCCGGCGCCGCUCCCGCAUCAAGAAUAUCCGAGUAGUAGCCAUCAUCAUCCAACCAGACUUCAUUCUGGAAACUUUCGUAAAUGAUAUCGCACUGUUCCGUUUAAGGAAACCCGUGAGGUAUAAUGACUAUAUUCAGCCUAUUUGUCUACCUUUUGGUAUUCUCCAAAAACUGGACCAAAACACAACGUGUUUUAUAAGUGGCUGGGGAAGAACCAAAGAAGAAGGCAGUCCCACCAGCAUCCUGCAAGAGGCAAGAGUGCACUUCAUUUCUCGAGAGGUCUGCAACUCUGAGCAGAGCUACGGGGGAGUGAUUCCUAACACUUCGUUCUGCGCAGGUCACGAAAACGGGACCUUUGACACAUGCAGGGGGGACAGCGGUGGACCACUCAUGUGCUAUCUACCAGAACAUAAAAGAUACUUUGUGAUGGGAAUUACCAGCUACGGGCAUGGCUGUGGACGCAAACAUUUUCCCGGUGUCUAUAGCAACCCGGCCUUCUUCCAGCAGUGGCUCACAGAUUAUUUCUUACAGGGAAGUGCUAAACCAGUGUUUAAAAAGGACAUGGUGCUGGGCCAGGUCCUGGCCUUAGGCUCUCUGACCCUUCUAGGAAUGACAUAAAGAGCCGUGAAGGCCGCCACCGUCCUUCUCCCUGCUGUGUUCUACACGAGAAGAUCCUUCUUCGUGGCUCACGUUAGUGUUCUUACGUCAACACUGGUUUUUGAACAAAAAAGGAUUGUGACAGAGACAGUUGUGAAUUUUGGUGCCAAAUCACGUGCCUCCGUCAAUGCUGAUUGUUUUGCUGUUUAAUUAUAAUUCUGUGUUUGGGACACUCUUAGAGUUUGUAUAAAGUAUCAGUUCACUGUGUAUUUAAUCUGUAUAAAUACCAAUAAACAGUUCAUAUUUUAA